UUCAGGUCAGGAUGCGCUGAUGUCCACCUCUGUCACUUUAAUCGCUUAAAUGAAAACGGCUUUCUCGGAAAAUCGCAACUCUACAAAUUCGUUUUUUAUAUAGUUUUUGGUGUGUUAACAGAUUACACGUGGAAUAAACGUUUCAUAGACUGGAUCACCGUCAGAGAACCUGCGUUUACGCGUGAGUAAAUCCUUCACCUGGACAAGAUGAAGUCAACCUUUGGCGCUUUGGUGAUCGUAGCCGGUUUCUGUGGGAUUUUGAGCUUCGCGUUUUUGGCCACUUCCCUCGGAUCUGAUUAUUGGUAUAUAAUAGAAAUGAAUCCCAUGAAUGCGACCGACUCUGAGGAUAUAAGCUCCCAUUCGGGAUUAUGGAGCAUCAACGAAGGUGGAAAGAUGCACGCAGACUCCAUUGACUCUUUUACUGCUAAUUACUCCAGAUACUCUGAGACUGAGCAGCGCUUGCUGAAAAUGCACAGUGCAAUAGUGGUGGUGCUUCCCCUCAGCCUGGUCCUGCUGCUGUUUGGAGGGAUCUGUGGAUUGGUCAGUUCCCUGGCCCGGAGCCCGCUUCUCCUCACGGGCACAGCCACAUACUUCUUCAUCUGCAGUUUGCUGACUCUGUGUGGCACAACCCUCUACAUCAUCUACUCGUACCAGGCCCUGGCGGAGACCGAGAAGCAGGUAGGAAAGGAGGGUCUGGCCUAUGUCCACACCUCCUUCGGCUGGUCUUUGGCUCUGGCUUGGCUCUCCUACGGCCUGGAACUCCUCACCGGAGCUCUGCUGCUCUUUGCUGCACAAAUAGCCAAGCAGCAGCAAAGCAUCCCCACAUUGGCCUGACAAAUUCCUUCAUCACGGACCCACACUGUCCAAGAACAGGACUGAACUGUGAGUGAACUGGGGGGAGAUGCCGCAGUCUGGUACGUUUCUGCUGUAAGACAUGCAGGGCUGUAAGUGAACAGCUGGGAGUUGCAAGGAUCUGAAAGAAAACAAAGGCUGGACUGCUGUUGGGGACUGAUUAAAACUUGCUCUUGCCUUACUUUUCUGUUACCAUCUCUUAUGUUAAUGGGCCAGUUUUGACCCAUGUCAAUCAGCUGUAAAAUACACAAAAAACAAUCAUCUAUCAUCCAGUUUCUUUCUUAUCUCUUGGUUACCUUGUUAGGCUUCCUCAUUCAUAAAAAUAUGGAUUUUAAUGUUUUCGGUGUGGGCCUCCAGGACCUUUUUUGUCCCUUAAUUUUUAACAAAAAUUAAAAAAGAAAAAAAACAUGGUAAAAUGAACCUCAGAAGAAUAAUGUAAAUGAAUUAAAGGUUUGUUGUGCUACCUGACUAUUACUGAAGAGUAUUAGAAUACAUUUCUUAAAUAAA